AUGACGGUCUCCAAUGGUAUAACAUUGGAAGAGCAGCGAAAAAUUACCGAGUUAAGGGAACUUGUGAAGGAUGACCUUUCGGAGUAUUAUGAUACAGACUUCAAUCUACUUCGAUGGCUUCAAGGUCAUUCUCAGCUUGACAUGGUGGCCAUUGCAAGAAAGUUACGACAUCACCUAAAAGCAAGAAAUUCUACUUGGGACUUCGAUAACAUGCAUAAGAAAGAUAGAACACAUCCUAUACACAAUCACUGGCGUCAUGGUAUCACUGGUCUAUCGGGUGCUCUUGAAAAUGUGAUCGUUAACAUUGAGCAGUGUGGGCGAACUGACUACAAAGGUAUGAUGGAAUGCUAUUCGGUUUCGGAAGUAAUGCGAGCUCGAGUUUUUGAUCUUGAAGUAAUGCUUGCACAAUGCAUGGAACUUGAAAAAAGGACAGGUAAACAGGCCUGGAUUUUAUACGUUAUGGACAUCACCGGUCUUGAAUACAACAAGAAGUUAUACGACCUAAUGAGGACCUCCAUGAAGGCUCUCGCUGAAUUUAUGUCCGAUCACUAUGUUGAGAUGAUCAAGUUUUUCGUACCUGUUAGUGUGCCGUCAUUUGCCUUUGCACUAUAUGUCAUUGUUCGACCAUUAUUACCGGAAAGGACGAAAAGCAAAGUAAGAAUUCGCACAACCGGCUUUCUAUUAGCCUCGAACGAUGCCUUACCAGCAAUUUGGAAUGAUGAAACACAUAUGUUUCCAGCUCAUGUCGAUAUUCCACAACCGUUUCCUAGCGAUUGCUAUUAUUGUAAUAAGGUUUCUAAGGUUCCUAAAAAUCUACAGGUGAUCGAUGUAGCAGGCGGAAAGUACCAUUCACUUUCGAUUUCUCUUCAACGAGGUGAUUUGGUAUCUUGGUGGGUAACCAGUAAUCGCAGUUUCGGAUUCGGAGUCUUUCAAGCACGGGACGAAAAUGAGAAUGACUAUGAAAUAAUGGACCAAGUGGUACCCACUUUUCCAUGGAUACCUGGACCUACAAUUGCUCCAUUAGAGGAUAGGGCAAAGAUUUCUAAGGAUGGACUUUAUAAAUUCUGGAUAAGCAACGAGCGAUCAUGGUGGUCCAGCGUACGCGUUCAAAUUUGCAUAGAUGUUGUCAGUCAGAACAAAAAUGAUUCUAAUGGAUGA